AUGAUAUAUAAAUUUGUGCUAAUUCUUUCCCUACUCUGUCAUUCGUCUACGGUUACAGAAAUUGGUACAGCCACCCGCGAUCCAAUUUCUAGACUCUGGCCCGCUUUUUAUAGAAUUAUAGUCCCCUCCUCCCGAGCUGUCUGUAUCCACCACAAAUGCCAUGAUGCCUCCUUGCCCCAUUGUCGAUUUACCGACCCAAGCUGGAUUAUUUGCGAUACCUAUAUUAGAACAAAAGAUGGCCAAUACUAUGACGCUAACUCGGAAUUACGUUAUUUCUUGACUUCUGAACCCCAAGCAGAACUGGAACAAGCUACACAGGAGUUCGUCACGAAUUCCAACGAUGGUAAGAUUUUACUGUGGGUGACUUCACCUGCCUUAGACCAGCUCCCGUCCAGGCAAUGGCCGUUCCUCGAGGGCAGUUUCUUGAAAAUGGCAGCGUGGUCUCCGGCGUUUUCAUCCCGACUUUCACAACGCAGGCGGCUGGGAUGUUCUAGUCCUCUCCAUCACCAAAUUAAGGCAAGGCCUGCUAUCUGUGGCACUGCUGAACUCUGGACGCAUCUACAACACAUAGAGAAGGCAAAAAUCUCACAAGGUAAUAAGAUGACCACUUACCUCAAUCCCCGAAGCAAAAUGUCCUACGCGUGCAAAUAA